AUGACUGCUGUGGCAUCUCCACCUAGUGUCGAAUCGGGGUCUCGCUUGGGAUGGUACAGCUCUAGUGACGGAGGAGAAGGAGCUCUGUCUUCAGUGAAUGCCGACGACGUGUCACGGAUGUUCAUGCCACGGAAACACGUUCAACGUUCAAACUCCUCUUCCUCUCUGGGGUCGAACUCUUCGACCUCCUCCACAUCUACUGUGUCGGCCCCUUCCCAAGAUACCCAUGCCGCGCCGAACUCCGCCAGCGAAUCAGAGAAUUGGUCAUCAAAAAAGAAGUAUUCGAAGAAUAUCUGGCCUAGCUCGAAAUCCGAGCCGGUAUCAGGGGUAACGAACGCGCGAUCUCAGGCAGUGCCUGCCUUCUCGUCGGGCCCAAGUGCGUCAUCGACAAUGUCCGCAAUGCAUCAGCCUUCGAACAUCGUCCCAUCGCAACAGAUGCCUCAGUCGUCACAGCAGAAUGGCAUCCGUGCGCCAACCGGCCCGCCGUCGGAGAGCACAGCAAUUUUGAUUCUGUUGCCAAUGAAUGGCACCUUUGACAGGAAACAGAUCAAUGUGCCAUACUACCCCGAGGUCCUACGAAUCGGGCGACAAACAAACGCCAAAACAGUGCCCACGCCUCUCAAUGGAUUCUUUGACUCCAAAGUUCUCUCUCGGCAGCAUGCUGAGGUAUGGGCCGACAAGUCUGGCAAAAUCUGGAUCCGAGACGUCAAAUCCUCAAACGGCACAUUUGUGAACGGUCACCGGCUGUCCCCUGAGAACCGUGAGUCAGAGCCGCACGAGUUGAGAGAAAGCGAUACCCUAGAGCUGGGUAUUGAUAUUGUCAGCGAGGAUCAAUCCACUAUCGUCCAUCACAAAGUCUCAUCAAAGGUUGAACAUGCCGGAACCUAUAGCACUGCCCCUAGUAUCCUUGAUCUGAACUUCGGGGACUUGGAUCCUGCCUCCGGGGGCGGCCUUCUCCCUUCUCCCUUGAGUCAACCGCUUUCUCAUAUGCGCGGUCGAGCCGGUAGCAACGCGAGUAGCAGAAGUACCCAUAGUGUUACCAGCAAUCAGGUCAAUGCUUUACAUCAACAACGACAAAUGAACUACUGGAACUCGCCAAUCUCUAUAGAACAGGUCGUCAAGCGGCUCACGGGCGAACUCAAAUCCGCAAAACAACAAACAACAGAUCUUUCUCAUGCAGAUGAAUUUUUGACGACGAUCAUGAAACCAGGCUAUGCAGAGAAAGAAAAGCUUGUUAAGCCAUCUCCUUUGGAGAAUAAUGCCCAUCGCCAAAUGAAUGGCCGGCCCAAAAUGCCUCGACCUCUGCCAGAGAAACCCGAUGCGUUGUCACGAAGUGCCUCUGAAUCGUUCUCGCCGCUGAAGCGCAGCGAUACGGAAAAGCCGAAGAGCGGAACAGGUUCCCCUGUCUCCCGCGAUUCCAGUCAAAUCUUGAAUCUCAUUGAGGCGCUAUCGUCUGCCAAGCGAGAGAUUGAAACCCAUGGAACACGUGUCAAGGAACUAGAAAACCUGCUGUUCCAAGAACAGGCUGCUCGCAAAUUGGCAGAAGACAAAGUCAAUGAAUUGGAGAUGCGGUCAUUGGAUGUUGAAAAAUCCAAAGCCGAGAACGGCAUUCUUCCACCUUCGGAGAGUGGUGUAGAUGGAAAGAAGGAGCAAGACGUUACAGAAACAACCGUGCAGGUCAACGGGAUCCAUCCUUCGGAGACUCCCACUCCCGACGACAGCCAGGCAGACGCCCCCGUGGAAGACAAGAGUGCUGAGCUUCAAACUCGCUUGGAAAGUAUGAUGGAGGAGAUGGCAGAGAUGCGAAAGCAAAUGGCAUCCUUCAAAGAUCGCGCCGAGAAGGCUGAAGAUGAGACCACAGAGUCUCGCAAGUCAUUGAACGAAAUGAUCGAAACCUUGCGCCUGGAACGCGCUCAGAAAGCAUCAGCCACGGUGCUUGAUAAGAAAACCGAUAUACAUGACCGCGAGCCAAGCAAUGACUUGGCCGCACAGUCGCUUACGAGCGAUGAUACUCUAACGGAUUCUAAGACGAAGACUCCAUCGAUGCAGGGCUUCGAUCCAGUUACCUCGCAGAACAAGGACAUGGAUGCUGCAGCCACAGCAUUUGCAACACAACGCCAUCGAUGCAACUAUGUGGAAGAAGCAAGUCCUUACGCUUCCAUGUUUGGCGUGGUCUUAUUGGGAGUAGGCCUGAUGGCCUAUCUCAACGGUUGGCAAAAGAUGGACAAAUAA